AAGAAGAUAGCCGGUGAACUGAUCUCAAUUAAGCUGAUUUAGAGGCGCCUUCAUUAGCCUACAAAAUAAAUAGAAAAAUGAAGCCUGUGGAUGCUAUGAGCAGAGCAAGUGGCCUUACUAACUCUGAAAUUCUUCAUCUUCAGGCACAAAUCAUAAGAGAGCAAGAUGAAGAUCUUGAGAAACUGGCAGAGGUAAUUGGAAGCACAAACCGUAUUGCAUGGGCCAUCAAAGAAGAAUUUCGUUUACUUGAAGGACUUGACGCUGGUGUGAACAAAUAUGUGGAGGUUCCAGACCCCAAACUACAGCGAGUGCAGAGAAGGCUUGAAAUCUCAAACAAACGCACAAUGCUAUUGCUUUUGUCAUUAAUUGGAAUUAUUGUGUUGGCUGCUUUCAUUUAUAUACUCAGCAGGUAUUUGUAAAUUUGUAAUGAAUUUUGUAAUAAAGUUGUCACACAAAAACUCAUU